AUGUUAGAAAAAAAGUUUGCUGACAUUGACAAGAAAUUUGAGAAUGUUUUAAACAAGAACAAGAGGAAGUUAGAAAAUGCUCAGAUAAAACCCAUACAUGACAAGUUCUUAUUUGCUCAGAAUGGUAUAACAGGUCUAAUUGCACCACCUGGGUCGGGUAAGACUUUCACUUAUCUUAAAAUGGCUGCACAACAACAAGAACUAGAUGAGAAGAACCCAUUCUAUGAGUUAGUUGUUAUUUGUAGUACUUCUGGUCAAUUUGACCAAACCGUCAAUUCGUUCAAAGAUAUUAUAAAGAAGUCUAAGUUAGUAUGUAUAAAGGAUACUGAGUUGUUAGAUUGGAUAAAGAAGUACCAAAGAAGGGUUUUGAAGUACAAUGCUAUAAAUGAGUAUAUAAAUUCUAAGUUUAAAGACCCAAAUGAGGAAAUGCAGAGAAUAUUAGAGAAGAAACACUUCAGAAACAAACAGAAAGAGAUAGAAUACAUUUCGAAGA